UCCAAACCAAUUCAUUAAUUAAUAAUUAUAUGGUAUUGAAAACUAAUAAUUUAAGAAUAACUGUAAUAUAAAUACAGGGUGUCAGGAACACAAGAAAAGAGAAAGAAUUUAAUUAGCAUGUUUAAAUUCUGAUGGUGGAUGAAGUUAGCGUAGUAGGUAGAGUAUUCAUUUAAUUUUUUCAUAACAAUAACAAAUAACAAGUCUUGACAUUACUUUUAAUUCUACAGUGAAAACAGGUUAUAUGUGCAGAAUAAUAAUAUAUCCACCUGAUUUGUCAUUAAACCCCAUAAAAUCAACGGAAAUGAAUAGACAUCCACAUGAUGUAAUAGCUAAGGUUAACCAAAGCCAACGGGACCACGAGUCCACAGAAAAAUCUUGCAACUUAUUUAUAUAUAGAGAAUGGAGUACAAAGUGACCGAGUGAAAAAACCAAAAUUCCAAAAAACUUGGAAAGAACCACAAAUAGGUCAAAGAAUGGGUGGAGAAAAGAACAAGGCGAGGGAGACAGUGGGGGAGGAGCCACUCAGCCCAUGCUCACGGCUGUUCAAUUCGCCGGAUUUUAACUGUGCGAUAAUCGUCAUAAUGGGAUGCAAAGUCAAAGGAAACCCACCUGCCAUCAUCGACGGCCUUAAACACACUCUCGUUAAUCAUCCUCGCUUUUCCAGCAUUUUAGAAAUGAACAAUGGGAAGAAAGGGAAACCGAGUUGGGUUCGGACGGAAGUUAGAGUAGAAGAUCAUGUGAUUGUUCCUGAUAUAGAUCCCAACAUUGAAAGUCCUGAUCAGUACCUUGAAGACUAUAUCUCUAAGCUAACGACCGUUCCUAUGGAUUUUUCUAAACCAUUAUGGGAAAUUCACUUACUCUGCCUCAAAACAUCAAACGCUGAGUCCAUUGGCCUUCUCAAGAUCCAUCAUUCUUUGGGUGAUGGAAUGUCUCUCAUGUCUCUUUUCCUCGCUUGCACCCGCAAAACAUCAGACCCUGAAGCUUUGCCUACUGUCUCGGUUCAGAAAAAACAGUUUGGACCGAGCAGUAACACCGGUUUUUUCAACAAGAUUUGGUGGUUAUUUGUGGGACUUUGGUUCAUCCUAAGAUUGGUUUUCAACACUUUUGUUGAUGUCUUAAUUUUUGCUCUAACAAUUUGUUUCUUGAGGGAUACGGAGACUCCUCUCUUGGCCAAACCCGGUACUGAACUUGUACCUAAGAGGUUCGUCCACCGGAUUAUCAGUUUCGACGAUGUUAAGCUGGUGAAAAACGCAAUGAAAUUGACGGUAAACGAUGUUCUUCUUGGAGUAACGCAAGCUGGGCUCUCACGGUAUCUUAGUCGGAGAUAUGAUCAAGAAGCAACACCCAAAUCUAAAGAGUCAAUGAGAAAAUUCCGACUUCGUUCAGCCAUUAUGAUUAACUUGAGACCAAACACUGGAAUCGAGGCUCUAGCGGAUAUGAUGGCCAAGAAAUCAAAAUGCAGAUGGGGAAACCUCUUUGGUUACAUUCUCCUGCCAUUCUCUGUCGGGCUGGAGACUGACCCUCUAGAAUACGUGCGCCGAGCUAAAGUUACGGUCGACCGCAAGAAACACUCCCUAGAGGCUGUAUUCUCUAUGGCAUUCUUUAAACUGAUACUAAAAGUCCUGGGGCUCAAGGCAAGUGUAGUUCUUGUAAGGAAAGUGAUCCAUAACACGACGUUGACGUUCUCCAAUGUCGUCGGUCCAAAAGAAGAAAUAACCUUUCACGGCCACCCGUUAUCUUAUAUCGCCCCUAGUGUUUUUGGCCACCCACAUGCUCUUACUGUACAUUUCCAGAGUUAUGAGAAGAAAGUCAUAAUAUCAGUAACGGCCGAUCCAACAGUCAUUCCUGACCCUCACAAGAUGUGUGAUGAUUUUGUGGAGUCUCUCAAGUUAAUUAAAUCAUCUGUCCUAGAAAGAGGGUUAUAUGAGAUGGAGGAGGUUUAAUAAAAGUACUUUCUGUACAAACAAACUCAAGCUAUUCUAAGUGUACUUAUUAAAAAGACAGGCUAUCUUGAAGGAAGUAAAGAUUAUCAAAGUGGAAACUGUGCAUCCUUGUAUUCUUUUUAAACUUAACUAAUCCAAGUUUGUUUUCUUUCUUUCAUAUAUGUACAAAGAACGUUAAAAGUUAUGCAUACAGAGAGAUACAUUUAACCA